AUGGCAGGUCAUUUCCAAGCUGAUGAGCCAGAAAGGAUCAAGCCUGCAAAGAAAGCAUGGGAGAUUUUCAAUGUUGAUAUAGAUGGCUUAGACUUGGAACAUUGGAGAACACCAAUCAUCCAUUUUUUGCAGGAGCCUAGUACCAACAUGGAUAAGAGAAUUCAACUUUUGGCACCUCAUUAUAUUUUGAUUGAUGGAGAUCUCUAUAAAAAGAGUAAAGAAGAUGGACUUUUGCUCAGAUGCCUCGGCAGGGAUGAAUCUAUGAGAGUAAUGGCAGAAUCGCACCUUGGAAUAUGCGGAGCACACCAAGCUGGAAUCAAGAUGAGGUGGCUUCUUAGAAGAGGGUGGGCUUUAGACUUCAUUGGAAAGUUAAGGCCACCAUCUGCAGAUGGUCACACUUAUAUGGUAGUUGCAAUAGAUUAUUUCACCAAGUGGGUGGAGGUCAUUCCAUUAAAGACUUGUGAGCAACCAACAGUCAUUAGUUUCAUCAAGAAGCACAUUAUACACAGAUUUGGGAUUCCAGAGACUCUCACCACAGAUAGAAGCCUUUCUUUCAUUGGAAGUGAGGUCAUUGACUAUUGUGCUGAAUGUUGUGAUACCCCUCGGAUCUGA